ACCGCCCGGAGAGCAAGUGCCAGAGCUCGUGUUCGUCCGUCGCGUCUUGACCGUUAUCAUGUGCUCAGUGUUUUCUAUGUAAAGGACCUGGUGCUCUCGCAUCAUGAUCAACGCCUUCAUGGACGGCGGCCACCACCUGGCCUCCUACGGCCUCAAGAUGAGCCCCGGCCACAACGGCGGCGGCGCGCCGUUGCCGUCCCCGCACCAGAACCCGGCGGCCGCCAUGACCGCCCCCGAGCAGAACCACCACUUCCAGCCCAACUACGGCCACAUGGGCCACCUCAACCACGCCGGGUACGCCGCGCGCGACUUCCUGCUGCGGCGGGAGCACGAGUUCCCGACGGCGGCGCAGACCGCCCCCAGCGAGCCGGUGCUGUUCCACCAUCACGGCGACCACCAGCACCACCUGUCCCACCACCAGAUGCUGUACUCGCGGACGGACUCGCACGUGUACCACCAGAACCACAACCACCACUACCUGAACCCGCACGUGCCGAUGCCGCAUCACCCGGGGAACGUGCACGGGGCCUUCUUCAGGUACAUGCGCCAGCCCAUCAAGCAGGAGAUGCAGUGUCUGUGGGUGGACCCGGAGCAGCCGCCUCCGAGGAAGAUCUGCGGCAAGCACUUCACGAGCAUGCACGAGAUCGUCACGCACUUGACGGUGGAGCACGUUGGAGGGCCCGAGUGCACGACGCAUGCCUGCUUCUGGCAGAACUGCUCGAGGAACGGGAGGCCGUUCAAGGCCAAGUACAAAUUAGUCAAUCACAUCAGGGUGCACACGGGGGAGAAACCCUUCCCGUGCCCUUUUCCAGGCUGUGGGAAGGUCUUCGCGAGGAGCGAGAACCUGAAGAUCCACAAGAGAACGCACACAGGCGAAAAACCCUUCAAGUGCGAGUACGAGGGCUGCGACCGGCGCUUCGCCAACUCCUCGGACCGGAAGAAGCACUCGCACGUGCACACCUCCGACAAGCCCUACAACUGCCGCGUCUCCGGCUGCGACAAAUCCUACACCCACCCGUCGUCGCUGCGGAAGCACAUGAAGGUGCACGGCUGCACGGGCCGGUCGCCGCCCCACUACGACAGCGACGGCGAAGAGUCCAACUCCUCCUCGGCCGGGAGCAUCUCCGUGGCCGCUAGUCCCCAGGUCCCCGGGCCCCAGCUGCCCGGCAGCACGGCGCUGAGCGAGUGGUACGUGGCGUGCCAGCCGCCGCCCCCGGUCACGCCCGACCCCCUGGGCGGGCUGGGACACUUCGGAAAUCUGCACCACAGUGGCGCCGCCACUGCCUAUUGAUAGUGAUAAUGUGGAUAGUUGUUGAGUUUGUACAUAGUUUAUACGAUGGCGGGGCUCCCGGGUGGAAGGGGGAUGACGAAUUUAGAAGUGGGAUUAAGGGGGAUUUACAAAUACAAGAAAAAUAGUUUCGAGUUUCAUUUAGAUAUACAGCUGAUUUUCAUAUACAUACCUACAUAAUUAUAUAUGUAAAUAAAUGAAUAAAAAAAAAUAAAAAUCAACUAAAAAAUAAAGAGAGGUUUUUGUUUUUGUCUGAAACGGCUGUGAUCUCGAUUUUUGUAUCUACAGUUGCCUGUAAAGUGACACUAAUAUUUAUUAAAAUAAGAAAAAACAUUGUGUCAUGUACAGGGGUGUUUUUAAGUAGAGGGCUAAAUUGUUAUUUUUUUUGUUCGAGUUGUAUGUACAGCUGUUUAUAAAGGCAGCAAUUUUUCUCGUAUUUAUUAGUAUAUAUAAGUACUUUCUUUGUAAAUUUGGAAAAACAAAUAUGACUUCAUUUGUAAAAAUUUGAUGGGGUUUCCUAUAUACAGCCGGUCAUUAAGCGGCGAUUUUAAAGAUCCAGAAAUACAAAAUUAAUAAUUUGAAAUUUACGAAAGGUGUCAUCUGGGGGCUCCGUUCCAGAUAUUUUUAAAUUUGACUGUGAAUAUAAUUUAAUGUUUUAUGGUUCCCGUGCAAUUAUUGACAUGCAUUUGCUAAUUUAUAUACUUCUAAUUUUUGUAUGAUGAGUUCCGUCUAAUGUAAGUUAAGAUAAGCGUAUUUGUAUAUUUGUAUAAAUUUUAUUAUGAUAUUUAAUUGUAGGACCAGUGUAUAAAGAAAUUUAUUGUAAAUAUAUCUUAU